GGGAGUCUGAAGUUUUGAGAGAGGAGAGAGAGAGAGAUGGAAGCACACUUGUGUCUAACCCUUAUUGUGCUCUGUUGGUUGCCUCUGGUGGCGAGCAGCUGUCCAGCGGAGUGUCACUGCCCUGAUGCCCCUCCGAGCUGCACCCCGGGGAUCAGCCUGGUCCUCGACCGCUGUAACUGCUGUAAGAUCUGCGCACGGCAGUUCAAUCAGGACUGCAGCCCCACGGAGCCCUGCGACCACAUCAAAGGACUGGAGUGCAACUAUGCCACCAGUGACGUUACUGAGCGGGGCAUCUGCAGAGCAAAAUCCGAAGGAAGGCCAUGUGCGUUCAACGGGAAUAUCUAUCAGAACGGAGAGAACUUCAAACCCAACUGCAAGCACCAGUGCACCUGCAUUGAUUCAGUGGUGGGCUGUAUGCCCCUGUGUCCCCAGGAGCUCUCCCUCCCCACCAUGGAUUGCCUCAAACCUCAGUUGGUGAAAAUAUCAGGUCAGUGCUGCGAGGAGUGGAUGUGUGACAGCAAUCACAUUGGCGAAGACUCUGGUGACACCACCGAGGAAGCGGAUGACUCGAUGAGUUAUGAAGAGAUUGAAGACCAGCCCGAUGCAGAACCCCUCUCCAGCAACGAGCUCAUGGACCUGGUCAGAGCGGGGAUCAAUAUCCAACCAGCCUGGAGAUUGCAAGCCCAAGAACAGAAAUCAGACAGGCCAAGGUGCAUAGUCCAGACCACUGAAUGGUCCCAUUGCUCUAAGAGCUGUGGCAUCGGUAUCUCUACCAGAGUGACUAAUGACAAUCCUCAGUGCAAACUGAUGAAGGAGACUCGCUUGUGCCAACUCCGUCCCUGCGGCCUUUCAACCAACACCAACCUCAAGAAAGGCAAGAAGUGCUUCAGGAUGAAGAGAGCCAAGGAGCCUGUGCACUUCACGUACGCGGGAUGUACUAGCGUGAGGAGCUACGAGCCGCGAUGGUGUGGCUCCUGUACCGACGGCCGGUGCUGCACCCCCUCCCAGACCCGCACCAUUCACGUCCGGUUCCGUUGCGACGACGGUGAGACGUUCUCCAAGAGCGUGAUGUGGAUCAACAAGUGCCGCUGCCACUACAACUGCCCCCAUCAGAAUGAGAUCUCCUACCCUUACUACACGUUGCACAAUGACAUUCACAAGUUCUCCGAGUAGAACGUGGUGAAGACUGGUCUCCAAACCCUUCCCGAAACAAAACCGUACGCAGUGCAAAACUGUGGCAGCUAAUUGCCAUGUCUACUUGUUCACUUUACUGCCUAUUAAACUGAUAUCUCAAGUCUACACUGGCAGUCAUACCAGUCCAAGUUACUGACCCGCUUAUCAGAUGCUAAAGUCUAGACUAAUAGCCAUUUGCAGAAUCUGCCUUCUUUGACUCUAAACUUCCAGGACUGGUCAUGUCUAUCUGUGAUGCCCGUUGACUUUAGAUCCCAGUGGUCCAUCUGCAGUACAAUAAUCUGGGUCUCUGACCUCCUUCCUUGGUGGGCUAUUCACUGCAUUAAGCAAACCUAUUGUUUUAAGAUUCUCAGUAAUUAUACGCAAAGGCUGCAUUGACUGGAAAAGAUCUGGGAAGCAAACCCUUACUUACUUUCCCACAGUUUUUAAAAAGGAAAGGA